AUGCACCCCCGAAUGAUUUCGGCCACGAAGACAAAGGCGAAAACAAUUACACCGAACCGCCUCACCGUUCUCCGCCAUGGAGGCAUUUAUGGGGCCCCUUUGAUGAUCGCCCUCGGCAUUCAAUACAUGAAAGCUGCGUUACAAAGGCCGCACAAGAAGAGUAGCGGUAACAGGAAGGCGCCCUGGGAGCACCGCCCCACGAGUUCUAGACCUAUCGUAACGUUCGCGUGUCGUUUACCUCAGACCAUGCAACGCGGGGUGACGUGUAAUCUGCCCGGCUAUCGAUUGGCGUCGGGGCGGCGGGGCGCGUGCGCCGGCACAUCGAUUCGACGGCGUCCGCCGUUGCUUCAACGCGCUCGGAAACUACGCCGCAACAGACAGACUCGGUGGAUG